UUGCGAAGUUGAACGAACACACGUGGGGCGGAGGAAGGAGGCCUGAGGGAACACCUGAGCCAUGGACGUGUACCAGAACAUUUGGACGAACUGUGACAAGACCCAGCUGGAAAGACACAGCCAGUUGAUCAGUGAGUGUGUCAUCAGCCAGGGACUCUUCCAGAAUGAGGAUGAUCGUCUGCUUAAGAUUCAUGUCCGGGAAAUCAACUGCUUACUCAACAAUGCUAAGACCAGGGAGCGAGGGCUGCGGCUCCUGCUGGAUGUGGUGCCGCAGUGUGCCCAGCAGGUUUUGGCAGAGCAGUGUGAGCGUUGGUUCAAGUUUUGUAGUGAUGCCAUUACAGCAUCCAGGAAGACCAAGAACUUGACACAAGCCUGCCAGGUCCUCACAGCCUUACUGAGGGACCUGCCCAGCCUGCCUGAGCUGCAGCGCUGUGUCUCGUCAAAGUCCUCUGCCAUCCUGGUCCUUGAAUUGUCGUUGGCUAUGAAGGAUCCAGCACCCCUUGAGUGUCUGUACGAGUACAUCCGAGCAGCUCCUGGCCAGUGUCUGCAGCACAAGAAAGUCUUGGAGGAGCGAAUGUUGCUGCACCUGGACAAUGCCAUAGCUCCCUCUGGCAUGGGGAACAUGACACAGCUGGCAGGGAGAGUGUUUGCUGCACUGCCCCUGCCUGGCAUCGGUGGUGGGAACGUGGCACAGGCACGCGCUGAUGCCAGGGGAAGGCAGCUGGCUCUCCUCCUGGCCCUGGCACAUUCCUUGAUGGACACACUGCUGGAUGGGGUAAUGGAGAAGGAGUCUCACCCACACCCUCGAGAGCACAGCAGCCUCAACCUUCGCCCUCUGGAGGACAUCACCACCGACCCUGUCAGCUCCCGACUCUCCGUCAUUGCUCGGCUGUCCAACACUCUCACAUUUGUGGCGGAGAUGAUCACUGACACUGCCAAUGCCUCCAUCACCUUCACUGCCGACCAUCUGCUUGGUGUGGCCUUCAGACUGCUUCAGGUGGAGUUGGGAGUGCUGGGACGCUACAAGAGUCAGGAACACAAGCUGCUGGCCUUCUUCCUGCCAUCCCUCCACCACCAGGCCCUCCUCCUGCUGCGGGAUGUCAUUACCAGUCUUGGCGAGGGAACAGACUGCUACUUCAAUGCACUGGGGGACCUCCUGACCUCCGUGCUGCAGGCAAGUGAGGCCAGGGUGAAGGGCAGGCCAGUGUGGUGCAGUGGGGGCCAGCAGACAAAGGUGGUGGGGUACGCUGUGCUGGCUGAGCUGUUGAAGGCAUCGAGGGGCCGACACACACCCCCAGCGGCCUUGGUGACAUUGGUGCUAAGGGAUGUGAGCCCCAGGGAGGAACAAGUGAAGCUACAGAGGCAGGGAAAGGGCCUUGCCUCCCUGUCAGUGACCAAGGCAGCGGGGAAGAAGAAAGGAUACACAGUCACAGCUGGAAGUGCCAGUGCCAACGCAGGGCCGGUGCCAAGGCCAGACCGUUUCAGUCGCCUGGCUCGGGUGGCGCUGGUGGUGGCUGAGAUGCUGUUUGCCCAUGCCGCUCAUUCCAUGGUCCUCAAAGAUCACCAGCGGCUGCAGGAGGGAGUGCUGGCCGUGGCAGAGGUAGUGACAGGCACAGCACAUCCUCCAAGCAUCUACAGUGACCCAGGAACACGUGUGCAGCUCUUCCUCACCCUAACCAGUCUUUCUGCAGCCCCACACCCCCGCUCCCCACCACCAUUUACCCUCCUGUCACAUCUCUUCCAAACAGGGCUUUCAGAUUGUGACAGUCAGGUUGUGUCGGCUUGUCAGACGGCACUGUGGUCUCUGAGUCUCAUCGUAGCAAACCCAAGAGUGGAGCUGGCAUCAAGGGUCUCCCAGCAGCAUAACCAGCUCCUCAGAUCACACGAAGAGGAAGAGGAAGAGGAGACGGGCAACACAGAACAACAGGAAGAGAAGGAGAAUGAAAAGGAAGGGGAUGAGAAAGAAGAGGAGGAAGAGGAGGAGGAGGAGCCAAUGAUUGAGGAUAAGAUCAGUCACACACAUGAAGAAGAGAAGAAGGAAGAGGAGGAGACUGAAAAGGAUGAAGAAGAGAAGGAAGAGGAAGAGGGUAAUAAUAAAAAAGAGGAUAAGAAUGAAGAUGAAAUUUGGUGCAUUGAGGAAGAAAAGAAAAACAAAAAUAAUAUAGAAAAAGAAGAGAAGGUGGAAGAGGAAAAUCAGAAAGAAGACAACAGGAAAAAGCAGGAAGAUCAAGAGGAGAAGGAAGAAAGAAGCAGAAGAAGCAGAAGUAGGAGCAUGACAAGAAAAAAGUCUCAAGAAAUACAAAGAAGAACAAGUAAAGAAGGAGCAGAAGGGGGAAGAGGAAGGACAAGAAACAAGAGGAAUGGAGGGAAUAAUGACUCACCAGCUAAGAGAGUGAAGGGUAAUGAUGACAAGGGCAGCAGCAAGGAAGAUGACGGUAGUAGUGAGUUCUUGACAGUGGAGGAGAUGCUGAAGGACUUUGUGGAGUGAAGAGUCUCGGCCGAACCACUUCCUCUGCCUGGUGUUCCUCAGCUGCCCCUCAGAGAACCAGCGGAUGUGUGUUCAUCCUGAGGCAACACACAUGCACACUCAGGACAGGAGGGACACAAACACCUCAGUGCUAGUCACUCUCCCACCAGGAUGUCAUAGGUGGUUGUGUCUGUUUUUCAUUAAAUUCCUAAACUCCAAGACA